AUGUAUGGUACACCAUUCCUGAAUUCUUCUACAACAAUUCCUCUGUCAAACAACUGGACAUCCUUGAAGAAGUUGUCCUUGGGUGGUGCUACUUUCUCUGACGAAUCUUUUGAUAAGAUUUUGUCUGGUUGUCCAGUCCUCGAAAGCUUAGAAUUGUUUUAUUGCGUUCCACUGAGCGUUAUUGAUCUCAGCAACAAAUCACUGCAUCUGAGAACAUUAGAUAUAUACAACUUCGAACCCAAAGCUAGGGUUCCAACGAAGAUUGUGGCACCACAUAUCCAUUGUCUCAAGUGGAAGUCUCAGUUUCCAUGCAGUUUGGCUGAUCUCUCGUCACUAACCGAAGCUAAACUAGACAUUAUAUUUUGCCAUGAUGAAACAAUAUUCUUUAAGGAUGAUUUUUUUCAAGUCAUGGUGCUACAGAUGCUAGAAAAGUUGCAUAACGCAGAAAAACUUACUCUUGGGACAUACUUUCUUCAUAUUUUAUCUCUUGCCGAGAUUCGUGGUCUUACUUUUCCGACGUUGAAGGUUAAAGCUUUGACUCUUGUGACACCGAUCUCUCAGUAUGUUAUUCCAAGUAUAGAAAAGAUAUUGCAAAACUCACCACAUUUGAAGAAACUAACAAUACAUACAUGUCAGUACAACGUUAUAAGGGAGGAGUUUUUUGACGCUUAUGUGGAUUUGCAAGGCUUGAAUGCGGAUCAGUGCUGGAGAUCAAAAGAUGGAGUCGCUUGGAACAAGUCCCACUGUAAUCCAGAGCCAAAGCAUGUGGCCUCUUUCAUGAAACUUCUGCUUAAAAACACAAAGACGUUAGAGAAAAUGGUCGUACAGUUGGAAGGACAUUACCUCAAGUUUGAGGAGCUGGUUCGAACACUUUCUCACAACAGCAGUGUAUCUAUUCUGCUCUCAAUCAAUCAAAUCUAUUAA